UGUUCACUUUAUAUAUUUACUAGACUCUGGUUUUAAGUUACAUCGGACGCUCUACUCACUCUCACGUCAAUUUCAUUUUUUCCUGUAAGUGAGAGUAUAGACAGAAAAAUUACUCAUAGCCAGAGUGUACUGUAUGUGAAAUCUGUGACACCUUAAUUGUUUCUAUUAUUUUUUUGCAAUAAGUUUCAUUGAUAUCAAAGUAUUGUUAAAAUACGUUCAAAUACAAUUAUUUAAAUAAUAAAAUAUUUAAUAAAGAGUGUGAUAUAUUAAUUACGAUUUUGAAGAUGGAAGAAGGUUACACGUUUGUUAAGACACACAAGAUUGAGUAUAAGUGGAAAAUAAAGAAUAUUAGUUCUCUUUUGAAAAAGAUAGAAAGUGAUUCCACUAUUUUAGAGUCAUCAAAAUUUUCCACAGGAGCUAAAAUUAACGACAAGUGGUGUAUUAGAUUAUAUUUGAAUAAUGGUAUUAUGCCUAAAUAUUCUGAACAAUAUAUAUCAAUAUUUUUGUAUAAUUUCACUGACUACACUGUAACGCCUCAAGUUAAAUUUUCUAUGUUAGAUCAUGAACAAAACAUAGUCUUUCUAAAGAAUUCCACGACAGAAUUCAAGACAAAAGAAAGUUCGGGUUAUAUCAAAUUUAUAGAGAAAGAAAACUUAUUAAACAAUAAGUCAAAACUGAUACCUAAUGACGUGUUAACAGUAUGCGCUGAAGUCAUUGUUUCUGAUAAUGCGAUGACAAUUCCAAUUAAAAGUUCAUUUAACUUUUCAAAAAGUCAAUUGAUAGAUGACAUUGAAGAACUUUACAACAGUAAAGCCAACAGCGAUGUCACUAUUGUCGUUGGAGAUAAAGAGUUCCAAGCACAUAAAUUAAUUAUGAUGGCGCGUAGUCCAGUUUUUAGUGCAAUGUUUGAUCAUGAGAUGAUUGAAAAAAAAUCAAAACAAGUUUCCAUACCAGACAUCAGUCCGGAAAUCUUUGAGAAAGUCCUAAAGUAUAUUUACACUGAUCAGGUAACUGAUCUAGAUGUCGUUGCUGCGGAUUUAUUAGAAGCCGCCGACAAGUAUCAACUUCUGUCGCUUAAAAAAAUGUGUGAACACUCACUUUGUUCAACUUUGAACUGUCAAAAUGCCGUAAAACGAAUAAUACUAGCUGAUCGUCAUCAUGCCGGACAAUUACUGGAUUACGUUACUGAGUGUAUUAUAGCCGAUGCAUCAAUUAUAGUGACGGAUGAUUUUAAAGAACUUGAAAGGUCAAGUCCAUCUUUGGGAUUUCAAUUGUUAAAAAAAAUAGUUUCAAGUUUAAAUACCAACGAAACUAAUAUUAUUUAUUCAUCUUAAUGCCAAGCAAGCAGAGAAAAACAUAAUUCAAAUAUUUCAAUUUUUAUAAUUUAACGGGAAUAUUUUCACACACUAAUUAUUAAGAAAAAAACUUUUUAUAUUUUUUCAUUUUCUUAAAAAAAAAGUUAUAAUAUUAGUUAAUCAUUUAUUGUAACUUUGAAAAGUUUAUUGAGUCAAAUAAAAAAAAAUGAUAAAAGAUAAAUCUCUUCAACACACGCUUUUCCACAUAUUUCUUUUACUCAGAGAAAUCUCCAUGGGCAUUUUCACCUUCGAUCAUGGCGCCAAACACGAGAUUUAGAAAUAAUUAAUGUAAAUUACACACGGUCGCGCUACUGGUUAUGCAAAUCAACCCGGUGACUCUUUAAGUUCACGAUAUAAAUAUACCCACACAUGUCCAUCCAUAUACAUAUCCAUAUACAUAUAAGUUGUCAUAUAAGCAAGAGCUUCUUCAGAAAGUUCAGAAAGAAACGUUGAUCUUUACGCUGUCAGUAAUAUAUAUGUACAGAGAGGAAAAGUGUAUAAAUAUAUAUAAUAAUAUAAGGACAAAUCGCUCUGGGCAUUUUAACAAUAAAUGCAUUAUUCCACCAUUAAAUAUAUAAUAUUGUUUUCAAACACGAUACUUUUCAUAUAUGCCCAGUAGUCUUAUUUAUUACGCUUUCGUCACUAUCACGACUGUCAACAGUUAUUACUCGUUUAUAAUUUUUUCAUUUAAAAUUUAAUCAUACAUAAAAAUCGGCAAUUUAUAACACAAAUUUAUAAUAUAUAUAAUAAAUUAAAGCCUUUCCCGUCUAUCUUAAUAUGAACUAUUGUGAGAUAAAACUCCUGUCCAUUAUCUUUCAUAGACCAUAAAUAGACAAUACAGUCACGUAUAUGCAGCGCAGUGAUUACCGAUAAUAGAUUAUAAAAUAAAAGCCAGAUAUUAAAUAUUAUAUAUUUAUAUUUAUAUUAUUAUGACCACGAGUUUGUUGUUUAUUGUGAAAAAUAUAUUUUCUAUCGUCGUAUAUUAGUGGCCGGUUAUGCAUCAACGUUCAUAAUGUUAUUCCGGUGACCCCCGGAGGCAUUUAUGUACCACGUGAGCAUGUACGUAUGGAUGUACGAACCAUCUGAAUAUGAAGAAUGGAUAAGAAAAGGCUUCUUUAUAGUUUAGCCGAACUACACAACCGGGAGAGCCACCGCACUAAGCAGACGGGCUCGUAUAAUUUAUGAAUUAUUAUUUUGUAGUAUAAUGUCGGGCGUUCGUACGUCCGUACGUCCCAUCUACUGAUAUAUCCGUACGGC